AUUACGCAUCUAAUCAGCGCAGUAUUUUAAGCUUACUCUCCAGGCAACAUCGCUGCAAAAGCCUUGCAAGCUGGUGAGAGACGUCUGCUCCGGACCCUGAAGAGUCUGGAGUCCUUCCCAGCGAAUAGUCUCUCACUCUGCGGAGCAAGCCAGCUCAAUUACUGGAGAACAAGAUUGGUGCUUGCCACCGCCCUCCCCUCCUGUCUUCAAUAGGAGCGGGGAAGUGGAGAUCUGCUUCAGUGCGCACAGGAGUGACCAAGUGCAGCUGGCUACCGGAGCAGCGACCUGGACGCGGGUGCUUUCCUCAGUCCGCGGACACACGAGCACAGCGCUGGACCAUCCCGGCAGGGCUCGCGGGUGACAUCACUCCUGAAGAUACCCGCUCUCUAGUCCUUGCCUUCACAAAGCCUCUAUCAGUGUGUUUGUGGGUCUCUGGAGAGGGCUUCCUGGGAAGAGAGGAAGGCGAGUAGCGACCAACCAGACCAGAGGAGGCAAAAGAGUAGCGGGGAGUGAAGGAGUACCCCAGAGGGCAUCGACAUGAAAUUCAACGCUGCACACUACCUGCUGCCCCUUCUGCCUGCACUCGUCUUCAGCACCAGACAGGACUACGAGGAGCUAGAGAAGCAGCUGAAGGAAGUGUUUAAGGAGCGCAGCACAGUCCUGCGGCAGCUGACAAAGACGUCCCGAGAACUGGAUGGGAUCAAAGUCAACCUUCAGUCUUUGAAAAAUGAUGAGCAAUCUUCCAGAACAGAUGUUCAGAAGCUUCUGGAGUUAGGCCAGAAGCAAAGGGAAGAAAUGAAGUCUCUCCAGGAGGCCCUGCAGAAUCAGCUUAAAGAGACAUCUGAGAAAGCAGAGAAGCAUCAGGCUACAAUUAAUUUUUUGAAGACUGAAGUAGAAAGAAAGAGCAAAAUGAUCCGUGACCUACAGAAUGAGAAUAAAAGCUUGAAGAACAAAUUGUUGUCUGGAAGCAAGCUGUGUGGGAUGCAUGCCGAAGAGUCGAAAAAAAUCCAAGCCCAACUGAAGGAGCUCCGUUAUGGGAAGAAAGACUUGUUAUUUAAGGCCCAACAGCUCACAGAGCUGGAACAGAAGUUAGCUGUUGCCAAAGAUGAGCUUGAGAAAGCAGCUCUGGACAGGGAAUCCCAGAUAAAAGCAAUGAAAGAGACUGUACAACUCUGCUUGACGUCAGUUUUCCGUGAUCAGCCUCCUCCUCUCAGUCUCAUCCCAUCAAAUCCAUCACAGAUGUUGAAUCUGCCCAGAACAAUUGCUUUCAAGAUUCCAGAUUCGAAGACAAAAAGCAAGUCACAGAAAACUUCUCCAGGAAAUCAUGAGAGCUCCCAAGUGCAGUCAACAAAGGAAGAGACGAGGAGAACCUCUGUGUGUGGUCCUCAAGAUGAGGGUAGUCCCUGUUUGGUGAAGCAUGAGGAGGGUCCCCAAAGAAACCUCACUGCAGAAUCAGAGCCUGCAACACAGAAAUUGCAAAUGCCUCCUUGUCCUGAAUGUGAGGAGAAGACAGACCCAGAGAAACAACCAGCUGGUUUUGGUGGUACUCCAGCUAGAGAAGAAAAAUUACUGUAAAACAGGAGGCACGGAGUCAGGAGCUUUGCUUUCCUGCCAUCUUAUGUUUCUAGAGUACAGGCUUGAUGGAAACACCAUGUUUCUAAAGCAUGCAACAUGUUUUCAAAAUUUUAAGUAACUUUAUAAAGUGGACUACACAAUUUCCAAAAGUUACCAGGCCAAUUGUGAACUUUAGCAAUAAUCGAAUGGAAAGGAUUUCCUCACUUAUACAUAUCUAACUGUCCUCCCUUAAAUUACCCCAUCUAAACUGAUCCCUUUGGAGCUAAACCACAACUUGAACAUUUCUUGGUCUUUGUGUGGUUAUGCAGUGCCUCUGAGGUCUGGUGGCUAACAUCAGCUCUAGGAUGCUCAAAUUUAAGUACAAAUUGCACAUAUGUGAAGGUUUUGGUCCACAGUGGCUGCCUGGUGUCAUUCCUCCAAAGUUGGAAUUUGCAGAUAAGAAUACAUUAUUUUACAUAUUUAUUGCUUGACUCAUUACAUUGACUUAAUAACCAUUUGAUAUAAUUAUGCUCAGUUAAUUCUGUAAAUGAUAAGUUAGUUACUAGAAUUCAUUAGUUAGAUUUAAUAUGUUAUACAUACAGAGUUUUGUUUUUUCUGUUUUUGUAGAAUGAGUUAUAGAUAUCUUUAAUAUUAUUUUUUAAAUUUAAGGCAUUCUUUAUGCAUAUAUGCUGAUAUUGUUUCAAGAUGUGAAUCAAGGUGUCUGAAGGACCAGUAUUAUUUUUUCUCAUGUUAAAUAAAAUGUAAGGUGGGAAGAAAAUUCUAAAAUAGUAACAGGCAAGUUGUCCAAAAACAUUUUAGAAUGGACAUUUGAUUAAUAAAAAAUAUGAUGGAAUCAUUUUAGAAAAGCAAUGGGGUUUUUGCUUGAAGAUAGGAUUCCAUGAGAAUAUUACUGAUUGGAAAAGUCAGGCUCAUCAUAAUUAGAGCAUAACUCAUAAUCAAGGAAAUGGAUAUAUGAAUAAUAAUCUACUCAAGACCCCACUUGGCAGAUAAAAUUGAACCAACAGAUGAAGUCAGGGAGUCCACACUGACUGAGUACAUUCACUCUUAUUGAAUAAACACAUUUUGAAAGUUCAGAAAAAAACAUAAAAUCAUUAGCAGAGAAAGGAACAUGACCAUACAUUAAUUAAUGCAGAGUAGUGUUGUAGAUUUUAUCAAUAUUUUUACUCUUUUAAAAACAAAAAUACAUAAUUCUACAAGUGGCCCAUGAAUCUUUAGAUGAACUGACCAAGAUGAAUAUACAAUCAGGAGGCCACAUUUCUACUCACUGUCUCACUUGUUCCAGCCCACUCCACCUCAGUUUCACAAAAUAUUAGAUUUUAUUGAAUAAUGGGCUUAUAGUUUUCUGUUUCUUUUUCUUUUUAAGCAAAAUCUCCUAUGUGUCAAGUUAGACUCACUUACUACACAGUAAGUAUCCUUACUGCCUCCACCUCUCAAGUGCUGGGGUUUCAGCCACUCAACACUAUAGUAAUGAAAAGAAAAUUGAUUUGGGUUUAAUUUAGGAUUACUUUUCAUCUCCUGCCUAGGGCACUAAUGUCGCGCCGCAUCUCUGGGGGAUGUUAGUCAGGUUUUCUGCUAGCACGCAGGAUGUGAAAUCCCUGACUCCUUGGAGGAGUAACAAGUUUGAGCAACCUUGUUUUCCAGUUGUAGAUCUAAUUUGCUUUGACUUCCUGUUCUAGAAUGUGAUAAUAUAAUCAGUUUGCUUUUCUUAACUCUUGGAAUGAUAAGAUGAGUUUGAGUCAAAUGGUAAAACUUCCUCUGAAAAUGUGUGUGGUCACUUAUACCCACAAGUUGUCUCAGUCUAUCUGUCAUAUUUGAAAGAAACACCUUAAGAACAUGAGGGAUUUUUGGAACCAUUUUUAAGAAACACUGUGAAAGCUCUUUUAACAACUUGAUAGGGAUGCUUUUAGUAUGGUUUGUGGUUAUUCUUUAAUGUGUUUUGUCUCUCUUUGCCCUUUCCUCGCUUUGAGACUAGACCAGAGAUGUUUAAACUAUUUUCACUACCAUGCCCAUCUUCUGAACUAUCAAUGUUAUGCUAGACAUUGUUUUGAAUAUGACUAUUUAAACACUGGCUGUUCUCACGUGGAAAAAGUAUUGUCUAAUAUAUUGACAAAACAUGGUGUGAUUCUGUUAAAUAUCUGCAAGGUUAAGUGAAAAAAUACUACUUUAGAUUUCACAGCUGUGCAUUAAAUCACUGCUGAGGACGCCCCUCUAUUUUAUAAUGGAAUACUAUAUUUAAUAUGUCUGUCCACAACUAAGAACAAUUUUCUCAAUUUUAUAUUAUAAUAAUUCAAUUUAAAGUGUGAAUCAAACAUAAUGAAUUCAUUUGUAAAUUAGAAAACUUUUUGAACUUUGUCUUUCUUUGUAUGUACAUAAACUAUGUUGAUUGAGCUAGUGCCUAAGACCUGUGAGUCCUGAAUGAGCACUGAUCGUGUCUGCUGAAUAGGACAUGCCCAGAAGAGGAUGGUGUCAGUCAUUCAUCUGGAUAAAGAUUUUCUUUACAAUUUCAAAUAUCUGAAUGCUGAAAAUACCAGCGGCUGACAUUGUUUUUGUCUUUGAGCAGCUAAUCAGACAUGCUGUUUUGUAAAACACACCAAAUUCCAAGCUCCCUCCUGUUUUCUUUACUGUUGUUUUGUUUUUCGUGGAGCAGACGUUUGCUGCUGUAGAUGGACAAGGUGUCCAGCUGGACUGAAAUUAAAUCUGUGAAUUUGCUACAAGGGAAUCUUUUAUUUUUAUAGCUCAGGUAAUGCAAUUAGCACUAACUGCACCAGAGGUGAGAAUAACAAUUGACAUACUAGAGUAGGGAGAGCUGGCAGAGUAAUGGCCAUGAUGCUUGUUUACAUAGGGGACUGUACUGUUACAAGGUCUAUAUUCCCAAGCUAUGUAUUCAUCUGGACUGUGUCACAUAAUAUUAGUGGUCAAGUAUUGAAAAAUAAAAAAGU